GAAGGUUUCAACCGGGACUCGGGUCUCAUGCUGCCCCCACACAAUAUCGAGUUCCCCUGGCUAAAAGACAGCGGACGAGUGAUCACGACAGACGUCAACGGUGCUGCGGACGAGCCAGGUUGGUCCCUCUGACCACUGGGUCAAAAGUGCCCCUAAUCCCGCAGUGGCCGAGCCUCCGGGUCCUGUCUCCUUUGGGCCCCGAGGAGGAGAACUGGAGCUCAAGGAUCUUUAUCAAUACCAAGGUCCAAGUGAACCGUGCCAUCUCCAGCGGCGCGCUGUCGUUCGAACUUGUCCCCUUUCAAGUAGUGUUGUCCCCCAUCCCCUCCUCCACAGUUACCUAAAAAUCUUCCUCAUCCCGAAAUCCACCGCUUUUGAACCCCGAUAUACCGCCCGGUGAACGCAUUGAACGUGUUGGACAUAUCGAAAAGGAAACCAAUGUUGAGAACGGAUUCGGCCAAGGCGUUGCCCUGCUAGAGAAAACAAACAAGAAAAACAAACACGAUUUCCGACGCGAUCGUGCGUCGAGCGAUCACGGAGCGAAGAUGUCUCCGAGGCAUCGAAAUCGAAUCAUCCCGACUUCUUCGACGAUACUCAUUUCAUAUCUCGCGUCGAUAACUCAUGCCACAUUCACCAAUGACUUCUCAGCGUACCCAGAAGCAGCGAGAUCAUGUCUUGACUCAGCCGCUGCAGCGUCCGGGUGUACCGGUGACACGGUGACGGAGAUGAACACAUGUCUGUGCGGGAAUGGCGGGAACUUUGUGCUGGCGACGUCAAAAUGCGUGAAAAAAGAGGCAAAAGACAAACUUGACGAUGUUUACGAGAUGCUUCUGACCUCUUGCACGGAUUCAAAAACGCCAUUGGGCAUUUCGCAGGCACAAUUCCUAGACCCCGAAGACGACGACGAAACCAAGUCAACAGCCUCUUCUUCAUCUACUUCACAAAGCAGCACAACACUGUAUACCUUCACGACCGCACCACCGACCGAAAUACUAGCAUCUUCAACAACAUCGACAACGACAUCCCUCACAACGUACAAGAGCGUUGCGCCAGGAGGAGUCACAGUUACGGUGACGAGGGGAGUUGAGACAGUGUCGACUGGGACAGCGAGUGGAAAGCAAGGAAGCAACGCCGAGGGGGACCAAGCUACCACCGGUGAUGAGGGACCUAGCCACACUGCUCUUGCGGCAGGACUUGCAGGAGGGCUAGCAAUUCUACUAGGCGUGCUGGCGUUCUUCUGCUACAGGCGGCGGAAGCAACGCAAGGAGAGAAAGGGGCAAGUCGGAGCCGGUGGAAAAUUCGCAGCCUUAUCUAGUGCGACUAGUCUCACCACAAUGUCGGCUUCACCACCGCAAGGGCAGGCAACGACGGCAUAUCACGGCGUGAACGACCGACGACCCGAUACGGCAAACACGAUGAACAUGGCAGUGGGCACUCCAGGAUGGAACCGUCAGCAACAAGGGCCACAAAGUCCCCAGCAUUGGCAGAACAACAACUCUCUUGGGCAUUACGGACAGCAAGCAGGAACCUGGCCGUCACCAGUCGCCAAUGGGGAUGGGGCGACGGGAACGUGGGGAGUUUCGCCCGUCUCUCAGUACCGUCCGAACUCAUCCAGGGGUCCCGAACCGUCACCACAUGCCGGGACCUGGAACGCCCAUGCCGCUGCUGAGAUGGCAGCCGCUCCGGUUCCCGCACCUCACCCUUCACAUCCCUCAAAUAACACUUACUCUCCCGUCUUUGAGUUGCCGGGAGAUCAAAUACAAGCCGUAGAGGCAGACUCGACACCAGUCGGCCAGGCUCAGCCGGUGGUGCAACCGCCUUCGCGUUCAAUACAAUCGACGCCGGCUCAAAUGCAAGCACAACCAGCGCAACCAGCACCAGCACAUCACGGAAUGCCGAGACAGAUCGACGACGCACUUCAAAUAUCGCGAGUAGAAUUACCGCCGCCUCGGUACUCAGGCCCAUCAUCACCGGAUUGGGUCAGCGAGGAUAAGAAGUUUGGCUAGAUCAAACUUGGAG